ACCAUGACCAUGGCGGUUGAUUUCUGUGACAUUGAAAUUCCAGACUAUGAAGGACUAUACCUUCCCAAGAUACCAACAUUUUUGAAAGAUCCAGGCCACAUUCUUACGUCUAUAAGGAACUUGACUUUAGGUCCAGAUGCAAUUAUUCUGGCUACAUAUCCCAGAUCAGGAACGCAUUGGAUGUAUGAAAUGACAGAGAUGUUGCUAAAAGGAAAGGCGGAAUAUUGCAGAAAAUCCAGAGAGACUGCGUAUUUGGAGGGAUUGUCUGACCUCGACUCAAUGCAAUUUUACAACAGAAUUGUAAGUACUCAUGUACCUUUUCAAUGGCUCCCCAGAAAACACGUGGAUGGAUGUGGAAAAAUUAUAUUAGUCAUACGGAACCCUAAAGACACUGCUGUUUCCUUGUUUAAAAUUUUUGAUUCUGGUGGAUAUAUCAAAAAUAAAAGUUUCCAAGAUUUUGUGCAUGAAGACUUUUUGGGACCAAAAGCCAUGCAUGGAGGAUGGUUUGAAUAUAACAAAGAGUUUCUCAAACAAGCAGCCACUCGAAAGAACGAGAUGAUCGUAAUAACAUUUGAGAAGCUUAAAAAGGACACGAAGGGAGAACUUCUGAGACUGGCGAAAUUUCUAGGUGUAAAAGAAGACGAACAACUUAUCAAAGAUAUAGUAGAUAAAUGUUCGUUCAACAAGCUAAAAGACGCUGACAAGGUCGUCAGAGAGGAUAAUCUGAUGGCUGAGACUAUGAGAGAAUUGUCAUUAAAAGAAAAUGUGGUAGUGUAUAGAAAAGGUGAAGCAGGAGACUGGAAAAACUAUUUCACCGUGGCCUUGAACGAAGAAUUUGACAAGGCGUACACAGAAAGAAUGAAAGAAAUUGAUUUCUAUCCAGAAUAUGAGUAAUUGAAAUAAAGAAGCUUUGGGAAAAGAACUCAGAAAAUGUUCGAGUUAUUGAAGUGUAAAAUCUUUAACAUGCAUAUAUGAAUAAAGUUAAGGA